ACGUUUGUUUUGUUUCACUUUCGUUUCGGCAGCCAUCGAGUUCGUCGUGCGCCGCGUGUGUUAAUUUUGUGCGAAAAUUUUAAAAAGUUCGGAAAGUUUAGUGAGAAUACCGUUGUAAAGUGUCGCGAAAAUGAGCAAAUUCCGUUCGAAACUGAAGAAAAAAGUCGGGGGAAAGCGGUGGUCCCGCGGUCAAGCGUCCACUUCGAAUCCGGAAACUAAUAAACAUCGCGCAAAGGCCAAGAGCCGUUUCUUCCAGGCGAAUUUGAGUUUGGCUCCGGCAGCCCAGUCGGAUGGUUCCCCGGCCAGUAAACUCACCCUGGAAGCGGUGAUGAAACACGAAGCCAUUCAGUCAUAUAGUGGAGCAGGGAAGAAGGUUGAUCCGACGGUGAACGAUAUUGCGGCCAGCAUUCGGUCGUUUAGUAUGCAAGAUGGCCUUGAUGGAGAUGCAAUGACCGAGUCCCAGCUGGGGGGAGGGACGUUCAAGACGUUCCAAACGUUUGCGUCGAAUUUCAGCGCUUGUAGCAACAUGAGCUUCAAGAAGCUGCUGAGCAACUUCCGGGCGGAUUCGCAGGUGCAGAAGGAUAUGCUGGCCAUUUUGGCGGCGCUGACGGAGGUGAUUAAAGAGAAGGGCGGAUCUCAGAGCAGUACGGAGUACUUCCUGGCUCUAAUGGAAACGGUCGAUGCGACCAAAGAAGAGAACGACACAUUCGCGGCCGUUUCGCUGCUUUCGAUGGGAAUCAAGUCCGUUCCGGAGGCCGUCCUGAGGAAGAAGUUCUCCGAAACUGGACAGACACUGUUGAACCUGCUGCAGCGGUAUGCCGAUUCGGAUAAUCAGAACAUGCUUCGAAGCGUUAUCGGAUGUUUGUCGGUUCUGCUGAGGGCGCAGGAAUAUUCCCAGUGGAAGUUGUCCUCGACGGUGAAGUUCUUCGACGCUAUCUUGGCUUUUGUGAUUCAUGCCAAGCCCAAGGUUAGGAAGGCAGCUCAGCAUGCUGUCGUGGCGAUUAUUCAUGGGAGCUGCUUUAUGCUUCCACCGAAGAUGGAAGGCGAGCAGGACGAUAAGAUGGACGAUGGUGAACCUCCAAAGCCGCUGGUCAAGUGCCAUCCGGUCGGAGGACGAGUGGCAAAGUUCUGCGUUGGGCAGUUCAAGUCAGAAAACAUUGGGAACAAUCAGACACUGGUGCUGCACACCUUGGGAUUGCUACACAAUGCUCUGCCAGGAUUCUCCAAGGACGACAUCAAGUUGGUUGCGGAAAGCUUGUUGUCCAUCAUGACCGCUACGAAUGUAUUGAUUAGGACAAACUGUUUCCAAACGUUCCAUUCGUUGUUCUCGUCAAAGACCGAGAAUUUAACGCCGGUGCUUGCUGGCAAGCUAAUCGCAGCAUUGUACGAUUACCGUCCGGAUAAGUCAGAUUCCAAGCAGACGAUCGCCUGGUUGACUGUCCUCAAAGAGGGGCACCUAUUUUUGGGAAAAUACAAUCUGACCAUGUGCAGUAGCGCCCUCCCUCGAUUCGUCGAUGUUUGCACCCAGGACUUCUGGGGAUCGGACAAGAUGGAAGUGGUCUCUGCGGCUUCCAAUGCUCUUAAGGAUAUUCUCUACGAGUGCGUCCAACCUUGUUGCGAGGACGACGAAGUCGAAAAGCAUCGUGUUCCUAUUGAGAAGGUUCUCAAAUCUAUAAGCGAAGUCUUGACGUCUUCUCCAUUCGGUCAUGCCUCGAAUCAGGUACUCAUAAUUCUGGCUAUUGCAUUUGAUAUUGCUGGAAAACACUUCGGACCAGUUCUUGCACCUGCCCUGAAGACUCUCGGCAACCGUUAUGACCCUCAGUCAUCCACCAGAAUCCAGAUAGAACACGCCGUCCUCCAGGCAGUCGGAUCUAUGGACACCGGUCUUGUGCUAGAAUGCAUCCCCCUAGCCGAAGCGUCCGGCAAAAUCGAUCUCGAGCGGACUUGGGUUCUCCCACUGCUCCGAGAAGGCCUCAACCAGUCCCGUCUGGAGAUCUUCAACAACGUCAUCCUGAAACUAGCCUACCAGUGCUACGUUCUUUGGAACAAAUUCAAAGAAUCCGACAACAAACAGCAAGCCCACAUCUUCGAACUGCUCUGCUGUCAACUGUGGGGUCUCUUCCCCGGCUUCUGUCGUCGCCCUAAAGACAUUCAGAACUUCCGCCUCAUCGCCAAAACGUUGGGAACUGUGCUCAACGAAAAUCCGGACCUUCGAUCCCCCAUUCUGGACGGCCUCAAAGAGCUGAUCCCACACUUGGAAACCGAUUCCGACAAGGCCGAAGUCGGCAAGUACGCCAAGAACUUCCUGCCCCGUCUCUUCAAUAUCUACACGACCAAACCGAAGGGCAGCUACGAAAACGAAGUCCGCCAAGCGGCUUUCGAAACCAUCAAAGCCUUCCUCUCCGUAACUCCCCAAUCGGUACUGGAAGAAAUGCACACGGUCGCGCUCAACGAACUGACCACCAAGGCACCCGGAACGUUCAUCUACGAUAUGCUGUUCGACGUGGUUGAACAGCUUUCGCUGUACCAAUCGGCCGAGAAGCUGGACGACAUCUACCAGCGGUACAUUAGCGUCAUACUGAAGCGGGAUAAGUCGCAGGAAACGGUGGCCAAAACCAACGCGAAUGUGCGGCGCCAGAUGAAGAAGGCGUUCAAGCUGCUGAAGGAGGUUUUGGCCUCCGACAAUGCCGGCUGUGUGGAGUUUGUGGAGACGAAGCGCGGGAACAUUGAGAAGCUGCUGCUCGGAACGCUGCAUGCCACGUUCGACGGGAUUCAGGCUCCGCGGUUGGCCUGUCUCAAACUGCUCAUCGAGAAAAAUCCGGAGGUCAAGCUGACCAACAAGAUCAUAACACGAACCGUUCCGGAGGCGGUUGCUUCCUACUCGGUAGAAGCCGUCAAGCACGAAAACCUCUCAAACGAUUUGAUCGAACUGAUUGGCAAUAUGUUCAAUACCGAGGGCAAAAUCAAGGACUUUGAGAAUCUGAUCAUCGCCGGAUUGGUCGGCGAUACCACCCUCGUCACCAACACCAUUUGGGUGUUGAAGAACGUCCUGCAAACGUUCACCGGUGCGAUGACGGUGGACUCGCUGCGCUUCAUGUUGGAACAGGUGCUGACCAUCAUGGUGGGAAACAAUCGCUCUGAAGUGGAUGCCGCAAUCAACUUCCUGCUGCUGUACAUCAAGAUCCUACCGGUGCCGCUGGUCACCAAUGAUCUGCCGUUGAUUACCAAAGCCCUUUCUCAAAUGGUUCCGGAUACGAAGCGACACUGUCGGUUGCUGGUCGGAUACACGCUGAAGCGACUAUGCAAACGAUUCGGACCGGAGGAGAUCGUCAAGUUGGUGCCCGGAAACGACGAAGUCACGCACAAGCGGUUGAAGAAGAUUCGCAAGGAACUGGCCCGGGCCAAGCGGAACAAACUGGCCGAUCAGAAGAAGAACAAAAAGGGUGCUGUCGAGGAGGAGGACGAUGAUGAAGACGAAGACUUGGCGGGUCACUUGGAGAAGAAGAGUUUGACGAUCGACGAUAUUCUGGAGGACUCGGAGUCGGAUUCCGAUUCGGGCGUGGAGGACGAGAAGAGGGCCAAGAAAAAGAUGGACACCUACAUCAAGGAGUCGCCGGAGAGCAUCGUCGAUCUGGCGGAUUUGGAUGCGAUCAGCAAGAUUACAACAUCUCAACCGAUCGACCACUCACAGCCGGGGCCAUCGCAGCCUAGAAAGAAGAAGGAUGUCAACCGAGGAUUUGCGACAUCCUCGGACGGUCGGUUAAUCAUCGAGGACAUCGAGGAUUACUCCGACUCCGAUGAGGAUCCGGACGAGAACGUUGGCUACAAGGACAAAGCCAAGAAGCGAGUGUACGACGAAGAGGAAAGCGAUUCGGAUGCCGAGCGAGGAGAGGCAACCGGAGCGGAAGCAGAUGGACCUUCGUCUCGCAAGCGAAAGGCCAUGGAAGCGAUGAGUAUGCGGUCGGGUAUGAGUGCCAGCAGCAGUCGAUACGUGGCCGGUGGAAAGGGUAUCCAUCGACCGGUAGCCGCGUCGGUCAAGUCUGGCUACAGUAGCAAAUCGACCAAGUCCAACAAGAGCGCCAAGACUUAUGCCUCCACUGGAACCGAGUACAAAUCCAAGAAGGCACAGGGUGAUAUGCUGAAGAAGGGCAAACAUGAGCCGUAUGCUUAUGUGCCUCUGAGCAGGAACUCACUGAACAGACGAAAACGGGCGAAGAACGCCGGUCAGUUCAAGAGUAUUGUGAAAGGAGCCCGGAAGGGUGCGGCAGCAGGAGCAAAGAACCGAAUGGUGAGCAAAGCUGGUUCCAAGCGUAAGUAAGCACUGAAUAUGUAACGGUAUAAGGUAGGGAAUUUCUUUCUGCAAUCCUCAAACCACAUGUUGAUUCAAGUAACUGAAUUUUAUCGUUGCUAUCUACUAAUGGAGCAGAGUUUGGGUCUCAAUCAGAAGAGAAGAUGAUUCCGAGUGUAAAUAAACAGUUUCUAUAUUAUCUA